UGCUAUCUUGCUGACAGGCGAGAAGAAGAGCAGACGCAGAGGUGUUUUGGUGAAAGUUGAGCGGUUUUCUGCACUAAAAUAUAACAAAAAACAGCUCCCUGGAUGAGAAACACCCUCAAGUGGCUAAUCCUUUGUGGUUUAUGCUUAAUGUGAACAUUUCCAGCCAUUCUAAAUCAUGACAGAAGUGCACAGAUAUUAGCCAUCCCACAGUAGUCAAUCUACGGCACACCAGGCUUUCGGCUUGCAAUGGACUCCCUCAACACCCUCUCCAACUUUGAGUCAGAGAUGGAGUCGGAUGGUCAGGGCAGUUACUCUCUCUUCCCGGCGCUGGACAACAUGGCCGGUCUGUCAGGGACGUCCGAAACACUUGAAACGGAACCAUCUGGAGAAGUCACAGACAAACCGAACCUCACAUGGCUCGAUGCUGCCCAGAUUGUCCUGGAAGAGGCAGGACGUCCCAUGCACAUCAAAGAGAUCAAGCAGAGGAUCAUUGAUCGGGGAUUAGUGCAAUCCAAUGCAAAGUCGAGCCUUGAGGCUGUGAUGUACCGUGAGACACAGAAAGGGAGCAGGCGCUUCAAGAGGAUUGAGAACAGAAAUGGAGUCUUUGCCCUCUUGACCGAUGAGGAGAGACAGCAGGCUCUGCAGGCGUUCUCUGCCCAGACGGCCUUUUCAAGUUCAGGCUCAUCUCUGCCGUCUGACCCUUCUCCUCACGGCCACUCGGAGCUCAGGCCAAAAGUCAAGAAGGUUCUCCGCAAGAACCAGAAUGAGAAGUACAGGCUCAAGUACCUCCGUCUGCGCAAGGCUGCUCGCGCCAUGAUCUUUGAAAACGCAGCCCUGUGCGAUGAAGUUGCUCACUUGGAGGAGAAGUUUGUUCGGGCGAAAGAGGAGAGGAGGUUUUUACUGAAGACUCUACUGCAGUACCAGUCUCUGGCUGAAGGGGAGAUGCUUUCAACUCCCAGCAACACUUCUCACACCCCUGCCACCUUCACUUCCAGUGCAACAGGGGCUGCCGUCAUGCCGGCAGGCCAAACCCAGGGGCCUGGAGCCCCGGGGUCUGACGAUGCUUUUUUGAAGAAACCCAAGAAAGAACGAAAAGAGCGUGGGAGGGAGAACGGAAGAGAGGAAGUGACGAAGAAGAUGUCUAAGAAGAGGAAAGUGUCAGAAAGCGGGACGCGUAAGCUGGUUCAGCCCAUCCCACUGGACUCUUCUGGCAGGCCGGUUUUCCCCAUCAUACUGGGUGGACUAACUGUUUACAGCCUAGGAGAGAUCAUCACAGAUAGGGCUCACUUUCAUGAUGAAAAUGCCAUCUAUCCUGUGGGCUUCUGCAGCACACGAGUGUUUGCCAGUAUGAAGAACCCGGGGCAGCAGUGUCUCUAUACCUGCCAGAUAAAAGAUGGUGGCCAGGGACCACAGUUUGAGAUUGUGCCUGAAGAUGACCCACAGAAUGCCAUCGCGGCUUCAUCAGCUCAGAGCUGCCACACAGACCUGCUGAAAGCCAUCACUGCCAAGAGGGGCCUGCCCUUGACCAACAUCGUCCCGUCUGGUGCAGACUUCUUUGGUUUCUCUCACCCAACCAUUCAGAACCUGAUUCAGAGCUGCCCUGGAGCUCGCAAGUGCAGCAGUUAUAACUGGGUGCGGUUUGAAGUUUGCCGACCAAGUGAAGGACAGGCCACACACACAGUGUCUGAGGAGGAUGCGACAGUGAACUUCGAAGCUUUCCAACGCCUGCUGGGUUGCGAGGAAGGCUUGGCUAAUCAGAACCUUACUGGGGACCAGAGCGGUACAGUGCGUCCUGUACCAACCAGCGUUUCUUCUCAUCAGCACUUGCUGAGUUCAGCUUCUCUACAGACGACUCCAGCAAGCUCUCUGUCCAACACCUGAGGACGACGUCCUGCUGUGACGAACUCCGCUGUAUAUCAUAUUUCUCCGGUGUUUUAAAGUGGACAGAGUGUGUUUUGUUUGUUUAAACUCUGCUGUGGUCAUAGUGAUGGUGCUGUGCAGCUGCAGGAGUGAGGAACGCUGGCUCUUAGCGACAUCUUGUGGUCUUUGUGUUUCAUAAACUCCACAGAUCACAAAAAACUGGUGUUGUUACAUUGUAUACAUUUCUGUGAAGCUUAAAUUUGAGAGCCGUUUGCCCUCAAAAGUUACCAUUAAACAGAGCUUUUUUAAAAUAUGGGUUUUGUCAUUUUUGU